AUGGGGUAUGGACUUGUAGGGGAGGCCUAUUUCUGCCUGAGUGUCUGCCUUCUACCUCUCUUUCUGCAAGGUUUGGAGAUCCUGGACCCCGGGGAGGUGGUGUACGUCAACUCGGUGACGAAGGGGGUGGUGGGCCGCUCGGUGCUGCUGGAAUGCGGCAACACCCUCCCGGACGUCUACAUCUGGGGCUUCACCAUGCCGGGGAAGGAGCACAUCCGAGCCGUGGUCUACAACUUCGGCCAGGGGCCCCGGCUCCAGAAGCUGGCCACCAGCCUGGGGGACCUCAGCGUCAUCUCCGACUCUUCAUCGCUCCUCAUCGACAGGCUGCCGCUGUAUGCCCAGGGCAUGUACACCUGCCAGGCCCUGUAUGACACCCCGGAGGGAGCCAGGGUCUUCUACUACUAUGUCAGGCUGCUUGUUCUGGUGCCCGUGUCCAAGCCCUACAUCCUGGUGAGUGACACGUCGCCGGCCGAGGGCAUGACCAUGUGGAUGCGCUGCAACCUGGAGAACGGGACGGGCCCCAUUAACUACGCCUGGGAGCGGGAGAACCGCGACGGCGUCACCGCCAAGGUCUCCGAGGGCAACGUCAGCCUGGUCAACGUCACCGUGGUGAGCCGCAACCACUCCGGCUGGUACCGCUGCCUGGCCAACAACGAGGUCAACAAGCAGCGCAGCGACCGCAUCUGGCUGGACAUCAUCUUCGGCCCUGAUGUCCCUAAGAUCGACAUCACCCCCUACUCGGUGACAGAGCGCGGCUACUCCGCCCUGGAGCGGGAGACGGUCACCCUGCUCUGCCAGGCCUCCUCCAACCCGCCCAGCCUGUACAUCUGGUUCUACAACAACUCCCAGGUCUUCACUGGCCCCCAGUUCACCAUUACCAAGAUCCUCCGCAUGCACACUGGCCAGUACUCCUGCCUGGCCCAGAACACCUACCUCAACACCCGCUCCAAGAGCACCGUCACCCUCACCGUCUACUAUCCGCCUGAAGGAAGCCCCACUUGUACCAUUCUCCCUGGCAACAACUACACGGACCUGGCCCUCUGGUGCACCUGGAUGGGGGGUUACCCCCAGCCGUCCUUGGCAUGGACCGGUGGGGAUGCCUGGGAGGACUCUUACGGGAGGGAACAGUCGCUGGGCAAUGCCACCCUGAUGCAGCCCGGCGCCAGAACCGCUGACCGAUCCACGUUCACCUGCCAGGGCUCGCACGUGGCACUGAACACCACCGCCAGCUGCAACGCAACGGCACUGCUGCCCCCUGGUGAGCCCAAGUGCUCCGCGUACGCCACGCGCAACAACAUGUACCUGAUGCUGUCGUGCUCCUGGGAGGGCGGGAGCCCGCGCGCCCUGCUGUGGUGGGCCUCCAGCAACGGGGCCCCCCAGGGCAGCUCCGAGGAGAACGCCAACAUCCUGGUCCUGCGCUCCAGCGCCACCUACAGCGGGAAGGCCUUCGCCUGCAACGCCAAACACCCGCUGACCACGCCCAACAAGCGCUGCACCCUGAAGCUGGAGGCUCCGGUGCUGGUGACUCAGCGGAGCGUGGUGUCUGUCUACGAGGGCAGCGACGUCCAGCUCACCUGCAUCCUGACGGCCAACUACCCGGCCACCGAGAUCACCUGGUACAACAACCUGAAGAACCAGGUGUCGGACACGCCCAGGAAGUACCGGCUGCACAACGAGGCGGCCUGGUCCAACCUGACGGUGCAGGAGACGGACGGGCUACGCGACAGCGGCCAGUACUGGUGCUCCGCAACCAACGCCGUCGGGGGCGCCGAGAUUCCCAUCAUGCUCUUCGUCAAAAAGUACCCAGUCCCGCCCAAUGUGACCAUAAGCAAGAUUGUGUACAGCAGCCGCCAGCGGACCGAGGUGGACCUGGAGUGGGAGAUCAAGACCGAGGGGGUCCUGACCGGGUUCUUCGUGGAGCGCCAGCGGGCCCGAGAGCUGGACCCAAAAUUUGGCGCCGGCCUUGCCGCAGUCUGGCAGAAGGUGGCGGCUGACCUGGAGCCUGACGCCCGCACACACACACUCCCCGGCCUGGACCCCACUGCCACCUACGCCUUCCGCAUCACCGCCAUCAACCAACGCACCACCGGACACCCGUCAGAGGUCAUGACCCCAGCCGACCCCCCCUUCAGCGCCUACCCGGCGGUCAUCGGAGCCGCCAUCGGGGGAAUGCUGAUCGCCAUGAUAGGCACCAUACUGCUCUUCAUGUACAUCGUGAGGAACCGCAACAACAACAGACGCCUUCACGACUUGAUCUUUGGAAUGCAGCACAGCCAGUCCAGGGAGAACAUUAACUUCCCAGAGGACGAGACAGCUGGGGGGCUCGAGGGAGAGGAGGUUGUGGGGGGAGGGAGCCCCCCGGGGGUGAGGCAAAGCCCCCGAGCCAUGAGACCCAGCCCCCUCGCCAGCGCAGGACCCACAGCUUCACCAGAAAGCCCCGCCUCCGUUUCAGGAGCCCCGCCCCCCGGAGGCGACAACGACCCCGUCAAUGUCACCAUCACCGUCACGGCAACCAGCUGA